GCGCUGAAUUAGGUAAAGUAUUAAGCCUAACUUAUACUAUCAUACCACGUCAUUGCCGAGUUGAUUGAUAAUCAAUUGUUAAAUAGUAUAAGUCUCUUCAAGUUACCCUUAUAUAUAUCUAGGUAGUUAGCUGGGAUUAGGAAUGACAACGAGACUUGGACAAAUCGCAACACAGAUCCUACCCAAAAUGUCGGACGUUCAUCUAUAUACCGCCCAGACGCCUAACGGCAUCAAGGUUUCGAUCCUUCUAGAGGAGUUGGGAGUACCAUAUAAGGUGACUGCUAUCGACAUCAGCAAGAACACUCAGAAAGAACCAUGGUUUCUGGAGAUCAACCCGAACGGCCGUAUUCCUGCCUUGACAGAUACCUUCACUGAUGGCAAGCCUAUUCGACUAUUUGAGAGUGGCUCUAUUAUGCAAUACCUCACUGACAGAUAUGAUCCGGAACAUAAACUAUCAUAUCCUAAAGGCUCUAGGGAGUAUUAUGAAGUGAACAAUUGGCUCAUGUGGCAAAUGGGUGGCCUUGGUCCUAUGCAAGGACAAUUGAACCAUUUUAACCGCUAUGCUCCCGAGAAGAUUGAAUACGGGAUCAAUCGAUAUAGGGGAGAGGUGCGACGUCUUUAUCGCACCAUCGAGACACAGUUGAAGUCUUCGACAUCCGGCUACUUAGUUGGUGAUCGAUGCACGAGUGCGGAUAUUGCAUGCUGGGGAUGGAUCGUAUCUGCUAAGUGGGCUGGUAUUGAUAUGGCCGAAUUUCCGGUAUUGGAGGAAUGGGUACAACGAUUGCUAAAGCGACCAGGAGUUGAAAAAGGUCGUCAUGUACCAACAGCUCAUACUUAUGAGACGCAUCAGAGCCUCACUCCUCAAGCAAUGGAUGAGAAAGCUGCUAAACUUAGAGAAUGGGUCCAAAGUUCAAUGAAGGAAGAAGCGAAAUGAUGAAGUUCCUAGGAAGGCUGAUGUAUGAAGGAUAACCAUGAGAGGCGUAGGCGCUUAUCUUAGUGAUUAGGUGCCUUUUCUAAGACAACUUUCCCAACCCCUUUUGUUUUUAUAGCCAUUCAUGUUUGCCUAGAGAUAUUAAGCACCCUUGUAUUUGAGGAAAACUUGUAUGAAAGGAUAAAUGUGACUUGAGUAUUAAGCAUAAAAAGGAUUACAUAUCACACUCCAACGAUACCUCCUUCUGCUUGAAAAAGAUGUGUUA